AUGGAAUAUAUGCUACAGAAUGGAGUCGAGGUAGAGGCAAGAAAUCGUGAAGGAAUGACAGCUGCGCACCUGGAUGUACGACAAAUGUACAUGGGAAUAUUUAAUUUGUUCACUGAACACGACGUGAAUAUGGACAUCGAAGAUGAAAAAGGAAGAACACCACUAUUUUAUGCAGUGGAAUAUGGACAAUCGGAAAAGGUAAACGCAUUAUUAAAACAAGGGGCUAGAGUAAAUCAUAGAGAUUGCUAUGGAAUGACAUCGCUGUUCAUGAUAUUUAAGAAAAUUUUAACUCGCCGGUAUGAAAAGGACAAUUUAUACAGUCCAGAGCACAUAAGGAAGAUGGAAAUAACGGGAAUGUUAAUAAGAUUUGGAGCCAAUGUCAAUCAGCAGACGACUAAUGGGGACGUAACACCAUUGCACCUAGCUGGAGCGAGAGGAUAUGAUGAGAUUGUAACAAUGCUGCUGGAAAAUGGGGCGGACGUUAAUUUAAAAGACAAGAAAGAAAGAUACGUUGUACAAUACUGCAGAUAUGCGCGGCAAGAUGAUAAUUUGCCUGAAGGAUACGAAAAAGAGCCGGACGAAAUAUGGCCAGCCACUGAGGGACACCAAAAUGAAGAGGACUAUGAAGUAAAAUGUAAAGAGGAAGUGGAAGAAAUGAAGGAGAUUGUCUUAAUACGCCAAGGAGAAAGAAAGGUGACACCUAUCGACGUGUGGAAAGCAUCAACGGAAAAUAUGAGGCGAUUUAUGAGGCAUAAGGAUUUUGUCCGAAAUCUUCAACGAGGAAAGAUCGGCCACUACGGAUAUGAAAUGUUGGAAAAAGUCGUGGCAGCAAGAUUCAGGGAAAAGCUUAUCAAACGGGCUAUUCGGGUGUUAAAUAACGCGACAAGAAACAGCAAGAUACCAUUAGAUGAUUUGACAAAGUAUGUGUUGGAUGAAAUCGUUGGUAAUAUUAAUAAUAAAGAACUCAUCAAAAUGACGCGCAUGGACCAAUAA